AUUGAGCAUCGAAUUGCAUCAAUAACUUGUCCUAUAUACAAAGAUAUAUAACUAAUUCAUAAGUUAUUAGUUGUCCAAAAAAAAACUUGGCCAUGGCAUCUAUUUUUCAAGCUCGUAGCUUCAUGUUGAUUGCUUAUGCAAUGAUGUUCACUUUGAUGGGAGAACCAACAGUAGCUGUGGUGAUAUUUAGACCCAGUAAAUGGUCUCUUGCUCAUGCCACAUUUUAUGGAGAUGAAACUGCUUCUGAAACAAUGGGAGGAGCAUGUGGAUACGGUAAUCUGUUUCAGAAUGGUUAUGGGACAGAUACAGUGGCAUUAAGCUCGACGUUGUUCAACAAUGGUUAUGCGUGUGGGAGUUGUUUCCAGAUUAAAUGCUACCAAUCAAGUGCAUGUUAUAGAAAUGUGGCCUUCACCACUGUCACAGCCACUAAUCUCUGUCCUCCUAAUUGGUCGAAACCCUCCGAUAAUGGUGGAUGGUGUAACCCACCACGAGUUCAUUUCGACAUGGCCAAACCCGCUUUCAUGAAAAUUGCACAGUGGAAAGCUGGUAUCGUCCCUGUUAUGUACCGCAGGGUUCCAUGCCAAAGAAAGGGAGGGAUUAGAUUCUCUUUCCAAGGAAAUGGGUACUGGCUAUUGGUGUAUGUGAUGAAUGUAGGAGGUGGAGGAGAUAUUUCAAGCAUGAUGGUGAAAGGAAGUAGAACAGGAUGGAUUAAAAUGAGCCAUAACUGGGGUGCUUCCUACCAAGCAUUUUCAACACUAGGUGGUCAAGCUCUAUCUUUCAGGAUUACUUCCUACACCACUAAGGAAACUAUUAUUGCAUGGAAUGUUGCUCCUUCUAAUUGGAACGUGGGACUCACUUAUUCUGCUAGCACCAACUUCCACUGAAGAAUUCAUGGCAUGCCACAAACUGUGUGACCAGCCACUGCUUAUUUAUAAUAUAUACUAUAAACUGCAACACUUAUUUUAUUAGCUUUCUAGGUUUUAUUAGUAAAUAAGUGAUUGUAUCUGCUUGCAGCCUGUAGAUGAAAUUUUCACAAGCUCAGCAGGUACUUAUUGCUAAUGUAAAGAAUCUGCCAUCUUUUUGUUGGUUUGGCAAACUUCAAAUGUGACCCCCACCCCCAGUAGUCAACUUAAUCUUUCUACAAGGUUGACACUUUGGAAAUUUGUGUUUAAACUAUAAAUUAAAGUGCUUAUCACAAAAAAAGUAUAGACUUCGGCGU